AUGAGGUCGAAGCUGGAGCGCAUGAUGUGGCUCAUCAAGUUGCACUUGGAGGCGCACAUGGAGGUGAGAGGCGCACAUGGAGGUGAGAGGUCGAAGCUGGAGCGCAUGAUGUGGCUCAUCAAGUCACACAUGGAGGUGAGAGGCGCACAUGGAGGUGAGAGGUCGAAGCUGGAGCGCAUGAUGUGGCUCAUCAAGUCACACAUGGAGGAGGCCCUGUGGGACAUGGUGACGACCUCGGUGUCCAGCUUCACGAGGAUGGUGGAGGCGCCGUGCCUGGGCGUGCCGGAGCUGCCGGGGGACUUCGCGUGGGGCGACGACCUGGUCACGUCGCUGUUCCCCCCGGCGCCGCACCAGCCCCUCUUCGCGCUGCAGCUCGCGAUAGACGAGGCUGGCGUCGGCCUGUCCACCGACCCGGACCGCUUCGAGGUGGCGCUGGUCGAGGUGGUGAACGAGGCGGUGCGGCAGACGCACCAGGUGCCCCAGGUGCACCCCAUGGUGCUCGCCAACCUGCGCUUCGCCAGAGACCUGACGCUGUCGUCGAUGGGGCUGCUGCAGCCCUUCAUGGAGGAGCACCGGCGCCGGGUCGCCUCCGGCUUGAGGCGCGCCGUCGUGCCGCUCAAGGCGUACGUCGCCGAGUACCGGCAGUUCCUCGAGCUGUGGCGCAAGGACGUCGCCGAGUACCUCAGGCAGGCAGAUGCGCGCAGGGGCUGGGGCGAGCUAGCGGGCAGAGUGGCGCAGGAGCUGGGGGGCUGGAGCGAGCCGCAGCGGCCGGCCGCCGAGCUGCGCGACGAGGCGCUGCUGCAGCGGCAAGCCGCCGAGGACCUGGAGGGACGGCUGCCGGAGCGCCUGCUGCUGGGGCCCUUCGCGCUGCAGGUGGCGCCCGUCAAGAGGGCGCUGGUCGGCAGGCGCCAGGACAUGGCCCAGGGCGUGCUGGACAUCUUCGCGGCGGGCCUGCGCGUGCAGGUGGACGAGGUGCUGGAGGAGUUCAAGGCGAUCAUGACGAAGCUGUGCGAGAAGCCGGCUUCCAUCGAGGAGCUGCUGGACCUGAAGGACUGGAUGGAGACCAUCCCCGCCAACCUGGAGACUCACGGCGAGGUGGCCAAGCGGCUGGUGAUGGUGUACAUGAUGGACCACUUUAUGUACUCGCUGGAUGUAGGGAACUUCAUUGCCAAGUGGGAUACUGAGUACGACAUGCUGGACCGCUUCGCGUACCCGGUGGAGGCGGAGGACUUCGCGGCCAAGUGGGAUGCUGCGGGCUUCGUGCGCCGCAUCCAGAUGAAGGUGGACGACAUCAACCAGCAGCUCGCCGAAGAGACGGAGCGCAUGAAGGCGACGCACAUCUCCGACGUGGCCGCCAUGUAUGACACCAUCGAGGAUCUGGCAAUGCGCGUGCACGCGUUGGCCGAGGAGGAGGACAUCGCCAAGGUGCGCGAGUUGGGGCAGGCCUGCAGCCGGCUGUGGGAGGCCAUGCGCGAGAGCCAGGAGUCGGCGGCCCUGCUCGUCCAGCGCCAGAGGACCUUCGGCCUGCCGCCCGUCGCCUUCGAGGCGCUGCCGAAGCUGCGGCGGGAGUUCGAGCCCUACAAGAGCCUGUGGGUCACCGCGUCAGAGUGGCUGGAGUGGCACUCGCAGUGGAUGGACAGCCCGCUGGAGACGAUUGAGGGCGAGAACAUCGACCAGGUCGUCACCGAGAGCGCGAGGACCAUGACACGUCUGUACCGCACCUUCUCCGAGGCACCAGGCGUGCAGCGGGUCGCCGACGAGAUCCGGUCCAAGAUAGACGACUUCCGUCCCGUCGUGGGGCUGAUCCAGGCGCUGCGCAAGCCCGGCAUGAAGCCCAGGCACUGGAAGCAGAUAGUCGACCAGACAGGCAUCGACGUGACGCUGACGCCGACGCUGACCUUCAGGCAGUGCCUGGACAUGGGCCUGGCCGAGCACACGGCCGCGGUGGAGCAGGUCGCUGAGGCGGCGGAGAAGGAGUUCGGCCUGGAGCGCGGCAUCGCCAAGAUCACCGCCGACUGGGACGCCGAGCUCAUGCAGCUCACGCCCUACAAGGACACGGGCACGUACAUCAUGAAGGUGGCGGACGAGACGGUGCAGAUGAUGGACGACAACAUCAUCGCCGUGCAGCAGAUGCUGUUCAGCCCCUACAAGGACGAGUUCGAGGCGGAGCUCAACGACCUGGAAGAGCGUCUGCGGCUGGCGCACGUCGUGCUGGGCGAGUGGUUCGACUGUCAGAAGAGCUGGAUGUACCUGCAGCCCAUAUUCAGCAGCGACAGCAUCAGGAAGAACCUGCCCAUGGAGACCAACAGGUUCCUGACGAUGGAGCGUCAAUGGAGGAGGAUCAUGAAGUCCGCCGUGGAUAACCCGAAGGUGCUGGAGCUGUGCGCGGACCGCGGGCUCCUGCGCAUCUUGCAGGAGUGCAACCUAGGGCUGGAGAUUGUGGAGAAAGGCCUGGUGGCGUACUUGGAGACGAAGAGGGACGCCUUCCCGCGCUUCUACUUCCUCAGCGACGAGGAGCUGCUCGAGAUCCUCAGCGACGCCACCGACCCCACAGCGGUGCAGCCGCAUCUCCGCAAGUGCUUCGAGAAUAUCGCCAAGCUUACAUUUGAAGAAGACUUGGAGAUCACAUCCAUGUUUUCUGCUGAUGGAGAACAGAUUGGACUUCGACCCAGCGUUCGACCCAUCGGUGAUGUCGAGUCUUGGCUUCAGAAGGUGGAGGACUCGAUGCGCAGCACGCUGCGCCUGACGCUGGCCGACGCGCUGGCGGACCUGGCGCAGGAGGAGCGCGGUCGCUGGGUGCUGCGGUGGCCGGGCCAGCUGGUCAUCGCCGGCUCGCAGACCUCGUGGACGGGCUCCGUGGAGCAGGCCAUCCUGGGCAGCGCGCUGCCGCGCUUCCUGACGCGCACCCUCGAGCAGCUGGACGUGUUGCGGUCGCUGGUGCGCGGCAAGUUGCGGUGGCUGGAGCGCCAGGUGCUGUCGGCUCUGAUCGUGAUAGAAGUCCAUGCCCGAGACGUGGUCAUCAGCCUCAUAGACAAGGGCGUGGCGAGCGUCAACGACUUCGAGUGGAUCAGCCAGCUGAGGUACUACUGGGUGGAGGAGAACCUACGCAUCCGCAUGGUGAACGCGGACUUCCCGUACGGCUACGAGUACCUGGGUAACACGGGGCGCCUGGUGAUGACGCCACUCACAGACCGCUGCUACCUCACGCUGACUGGCGCCUUGCACCUGCAGUUCGGCGGCGCGCCCGCUGGCCCGGCAGGCACGGGCAAGACGGAGACCACCAAGGACUUGGCGAAGGCCUUCGCAGUGCAGUGCGUGGUGUUCAACUGCUCGGACCAGCUGGACUACAAGGCCAUGGGCAAGUUCUUCACCGGCUUGGCGAGCGCCGGCGCGUGGGCGUGCUUCGACGAGUUCAACCGCAUAGACAUCGAGGUGUUGUCCGUGGUGGCGCAGCAGAUCACGACCAUCCAGCGCGCCCAGAUGCUGCGCCUCAGGAGGUUCCAGUUCGAGGAGCGCGAGAUCGCGCUGAAGCCGUCCUGCGCCGUGUUCAUCACCAUGAACCCGGGCUACGCCGGCCGCACGGAGCUGCCCGACAACCUCAAGGCGCUGUUCCGCCCCGUCGCCAUGAUGGUGCCCGACUACACGCUCAUCGCCGAGAUCUCGCUCUUCUCGUUCGGCUUCGCCGCCGCCAAGGAGCUGGCGGGCAAGAUCACGUCCACCUUCCGCCUGAGCUCGGAGCAGCUCAGCUCGCAGGACCACUACGACUUCGGCAUGCGCGCCGUGAAGACGGUGAUCGCGGCGGCGGGCAACCUGAAGAGGGAGCAGCCCGACAUGGAGGAGCGACAAGUGGUGCUGCGCGCGCUGCGGGACGUCAACGUGCCCAAGUUCCUGGCCGACGACCUCAAGCUCUUCGACGGGAUCGUGUCCGACCUGUUCCCGCUGAUGGAGGAGCUGCCCGUCGACUACGGCAUCCUGGAGGCGGGCGUGAGGCAGAGCUGCGGCGAGAUGAGGCUGGAGGACGUACCCGAGUUCGUGAAGAAGGUGAUCCAGCUGUACGAGACGACUGUGGUGCGGCACGGUCUGAUGAUCGUGGGACCCACCGGCUCGGGCAAGACCAAGGUGAGCGCUAGUUCCGCUGCUCGACACGCGCAGCGCUGGCGGAGCCGAGGCGCGCUCAAGUAUCUGAUGAUUGAAAGCGAAUAA